CGGGGAGGGACCUGGAUCCCCGGCGGAGGCCCGGUCCCGGCAGUCAGCGAGAUGAGCUCCGGGGAGGACGACAGGCCGAGGACCCCGGGGAGGGACCCUCAGCUCCAGGUUACCACCAAAGAACAUGAUUUUGGUCUAGGGGCUCCAGUUUCUGAAGCUGAAAAAUACCAGAAUAUUCUCCAGCUAGAACAAGAAGUGAGAAAUCAAGACAAACUCAUCUCUACACUGAAAUUACAGAUUGAAGAUCUCAAACAGACAAAUCAUGGCUUGGAAGAAUAUGCUAGGAAACUCUUGGAUAGUAAGGAGGUGGUAAGCAGUCAAGUAGAUGAUUUAACCAGCCACAAUGAGCAUCUUUGUCAAGAAUUGAUUAAAAUUGACCAACUAGCAGAGCAACUAGAAAAAGAGAAAAAUUUUGUGGUGGAUACCGCCGACAAGGAACUUGAAGAAGCAAAGAUUGAACACAUUUGCCAGCAAAAUAAUAUAAUUGUAUUGGAAGAUACAAUAAAACGGCUUAGAUCUAUAAUUUUAGAGACUGAAAAAGCACAAAAUAAAUCUCCUUCCAGACUUGAUUCCUUUGUCAAAACUUUAGAAGCAGACAGAGAUCACUACAAGAGUGAAGCUCAAAAAUUGAGAAAGAUGAUCAGAAGUAGAUCUAAAAGCCCGAGACGCCCAUCUCCAUCUACCCGGGGUACAAACUGUGAUGUUGAGCUUUUGAAGACCACAAGAGACCGUGAAGAACUCAAAUGUAUGCUGGAAAAAUAUGAGCGUCAUUUGGCAGAAAUUCAGGGUAAUGUCAAGGUUCUUACGUCUGAGAGAGAUAAGACCUUUCUUCUGUAUGAGCAGGCACAGGAAGAAAUUGCCCGACUUCGACGAGAAAUGAUGAAAAGCUGUAAGUCUCCCAAAUCAACAACAGCACAUGCCAUCCUCCGGCGGGUAGAGACUGAAAGAGAUGUGGCCUUCACCGAUUUACGAAGAAUGACCACAGAACGAGAUAGUCUGAGGGAAAGGCUAAAGAUUGCCCAAGAGACAGCAUUUAAUGAGAAGGCUCACUUGGAACAAAGGAUAGAGGAGCUGGAGUGUACUGUUCAUAAUCUUGAUGAUGAACGUAUGGAGCAAAUGUCAAACAUGACUUUGAUGAAGGAAACCAUAACCACUGUGGAAAAAGAAAUGAAAUCACUAGCAAGAAAGGCAAUGGACACUGAAAGUGAACUUGGCAGACAAAAAGCAGAGAAUAAUUCCUUGAGACUUUUGUAUGAAAACACAGAAAAAGAUCUUUCUGAUACUCAGCGACACCUUGCUAAGAAAAAAUAUGAGCUACAGCUUACUCAGGAGAAAAUUAUGUGCUUGGAUGAAAAAAUUGAUAAUUUUACAAGACAAAGUAUUGCCCAGCGGGAAGAAAUCAGCAUUCUUGGUGCAACCCUCAAUGAUCUGGCUAAAGAAAAGGAAUGCCUGCAAGCAUGUUUGGAUAAAAAAUCUGAGAAUAUUGCAUCCCUUGGAGAGAGUUUGGCAAUGAAAGAAAAGACCAUUUCAGGCAUGAAGAAUAUCAUUGCUGAGAUGGAACAGGCAUCAAGACAGUCGACUGAAGCCCUGAUUAUGUGUGAACAAGACAUUUCCAGAAUGCGUCGGCAACUGGAUGAAACCAAUGACGAGCUGGCCCAGAUUGCCAGGGAAAGGGAUAUCUUGGCUCAUGAGAAUGACAGUCUCCAGGAACAGUUUUCUAAAGCUAAACAAGAAAACCAGGCACUGUCUAAAAAAUUGAAUGAUACUCAUAAUGAACUUAGUGACAUAAAACAGAAGGUCCAAGAUACUAAUUUGGAAGUUAAUAAACUGAAGAAUAUAUUAAAGUCCGAAGAAUCUGAGAACCGGCAAAUGAUGGACCAACUCCGAAAAGCCAAUGAAGAUGCUGAAAACUGGGAAAACAAGGCCCGUCAAGCAGAGGCAGAUAACAAUACCCUCAAAUUAGAACUUAUCACUGCUGAGGCCGAGGGUAACAGAUUAAAAGAAAAAGUAGAUUCCCUCACUAGAGAGCUCGAGCAGCACUUAAAUGCAGAACGGUCCUACAAGUCCCAGAUUUCUACUUUACAUAAGUCUAUUGUAAAGAUGGAAGAGGAGCUUCAGAAGGUUCAGUUCGAAAAAGUAUCUGCCCUUGCAGACUUGUCUUCCACAAGGGAACUUUGUAUUAAACUUGACUCAAGCAAAGAACUUCUUAAUCGACAGCUGGUUGCUAAAGAUCAAGAGAUAGAAAUGAUGGAGAAUGAGUUAGAUUCUGCUCGUUCUGAAAUAGAACUCCUCAGGAGUCAGAUGACAAAUGAGAGGAUCUCCAUGCAGAAUCUAGAAGCUUUGCUGGUGGCCAAUCGAGACAAAGAAUAUCAGUCUCAGAUAGCACUUCAAGAAAAAGAAUCUGAAAUUCAGCUUCUUAAAGAACACCUUUGUUUGGCAGAAAAUAAAAUGGCCAUCCAGAGUAGAGACGUGGCCCAGUUCAGGAAUGUCGUAACGCAGUUGGAAGCUGAUUUAGACAUUACCAAGAGACAGCUAGGGACAGAGCGCUUUGAAAGGGAGAGGGCCGUGCAAGAACUUCGCCGCCAGAAUUACUCAAGUAAUGCUUAUCAUUUGAGUUCUGCGAUGAAGCCAAAUGCAAAAUGUCAUUCACCAGAACGUGUUCACCAUCGAUCUCCUGACCGAGGCCUAGAUCGAUCAUUAGAAGAGAAUCUUUGCUAUAGAGAUUUCUGACACGUGGAAAAAUUCUUCACAUCCUUGGGAGAGGUCAAAGUUACAAACUGAUUUUUUUUUUUUUUUGCUAUAUGAUUGCAUUAUCUUUUGAAUGCUUAACAAUGUUAAAUGUAUUUAUUAACUUUGUGCCUCUGAAUCUCUGUUUUCAUGUGCCAUAUCACAGCGAUCUGAGAUGACUUAUAAAAACAAAAGUGCAUAUGGCUCUUUCUAUCCAUACAGUAAUAGUGAGUGUAAAAUCUGCUUACUUCACUAUUGAACAUGGUUAUGUUAACUAUCCGGAGUAAAUAAAGAAGCUUAUAAAAAGAGGGAAAAGUGUUUUUACAAAACUGAUUUUUUCUUUGUGAUUUAUGCUUUCAUGGCUAGAGAAGUUGUGCCAACCUGGGCACAAUUGACCAAUACUGGCCUAGGACCCCAUUUUCCAUUUUGGAGCCAAGCUGACAUAAAUUCCAGGCCAUAAUCUGACUUGAGAACAGUAGAUAGUAGGAGUGUGUCAGGGUUUUUAAAUGCAUAGUAUUGUGCCACUAAUUAACAUACAUUUUCUACAAUUGUGUUUACCCCUACUAUUUUUAGAAAGGU